GCGUUGAGCUUCAAUUUUGCCCAGAACCGUCAUUGUGCCUCAACGGUGUACUGCAGACCUCGCUGUUGACUGUGCCGGAUAUGUCUUCUCCUAACGGCAAAAUGGUCGUAGACCCUGUAUCUCCUGAUAGACGGUCUAAAUCAUCCCGAAACCAUUCCACAGAAACUCAUCGUACCAGGCGUUCGCAUCGCUCGCGAUCCAGGGAACGCGACAGGGGUAAAGAUAGACGUGACAGACGGAGGGAACAUGAUGACUACGACGACAGACGAAAAAGGAGUCGUAGUAGAGAUAGGCGCGAACGCUCUCGUGAAAGGCCGCACAGAGACCGAGUCUACGACAGAGAUCGUGAACGCGAGCGGGAUAGGGAACGCAGGGAACGCCAUCGAGGCGAAAGGGAGCGGGGCGAGAGUCGACAUAGCCAUCGAGACCGUGACCGCGAUGAAAGGGACUAUCGCGAACGCAGACGUAAGCAUGUGGACGACGUGGACGAAUAUAUAGACGGUCGCAAUGGUGAGGACAGGGUGAAACGUAGGAGGGAAGACGAAGGACCCGAGGACGCUAGUCUUCCUGCUCCUCCACCUUCUGCUAAUUUGCCACCGCCACCGCCACCUCCCUUGUCUGAAAGCCCUCACCGCCGUAGGGAUUCUCGUGACGUUGACCGCAGAUAUGAUGACAGGCCUCCUCGCAGACCAGUUUCCGACGCUCGCGAUGACUUUGAUGACCUUGCACGCUAUCCACCGGUGAAGGAGCAUACCUCACUUUCGCGAGGUCCCCCUUCUGUAGAGUUCGAAAGACGAAGUAUCCCACCGGUUAGCCGUCCUUCGCCCACCUACGAGAUUCCCGAUGAUACCUUCAACCCGGAUGAACCAAAAGAGGAUGAUUCUGAAGCUCGGUCUGUCUUCGUGUCACAGCUUGCUGCCCGUUUGACUGCCCGCGAUUUGGGCUAUUUCUUCGAAGAGAAAUUAGGCGAAGGUGCUGUUAUGGAUUCGCGUAUCGUCACCGACCGAAUUUCUAGACGUUCAAAGGGUAUUGGCUACGUUGAAUUCCGUUCUGUUGAACUUGUAGACCAAGCUAUCGCUCUCAGUGGUACGAUUGUGAUGGGUCUUCCUAUUCAGAUUCAGCAGACCGAAGCGGAGAGGAACAGGUUGCAUCCGGGAGACGGCAAUCUCAACCUGCCACCUGGCGUUAGUGCUCAUCAUGGCGGCAUGCAGCUCUAUGUUGGCUCCCUGCACUUCAACUUGACAGAGUCGGAUAUUAAACAGGUUUUCGAGCCAUUUGGGGAACUCGAGUUUGUUGAUCUUCACAGGGAUCCUAUGACAGGACGUAGCAAGGGCUAUGCUUUCGUUCAAUACAAGCGCGCUGAAGAUGCCAAGAUGGCAUUAGAACAGAUGGAAGGGUUCGAAUUGGCCGGGCGCACGCUUCGCGUCAAUACUGUGCAUGAGAAGGGCACGGUCAAGUAUACUCCGCAGGAUUCCCUUGAUGAAGCUGGCGGUGGUAAUCUGAAUGCAGCAUCCCGUCAGGCGCUGAUGCAGAAGCUUGCUAGGACUGACUCAGCUCCAGUCCGAGCGCAGCCAAUUAUGAAGCCUAAUAUUCCUCAGUCAAUGCAAUCACGGUCUGUCCUCCUCAAGAACAUGUUCGACCCUGAAGAGGAAACCGAACGUGACUGGGAUAAAGAUCUAGCGGACGACGUCAAGGGCGAGUGUGAAGAGAAGUAUGGCCAUGUGGAAUUCAUCAAAGUGGAAAAGGAAUCUCAGGGCGAGAUCUAUGUUAAGUUCGACAACAUCGAAUCUGCCAAGAACGCAAUCCAAGGCCUGAACGGUCGUUGGUUUGGUGGCAGACAAGUCUCGGCUGCCUUCAUCUCGGAUGCCAUCUUGCAGGCUCACCAGUAAUUGUGUAUCGAGUAUCGGUCUAUGCCUCAGACGGAUGUAUGCUGCUGCUGCGCGCAUGCUGACGUUUUCUAUGUUGCAGGACAUUCUUACCGCAUUCUUCACUGAUAUGGUCUCCUCUUUCACCGUGUCUAUUUAGGUUUUCUUCCGUUUCCAAAAGUUAUGCUAUACAGAUUCCCUAGGCGCGAUUCGGGCUGUCUCGAUGUCUGAUCAUCGUGCAGGUUUGCUCGUACUAUUUUGAGCUAUUGCAGUGAUACGUAUGCUCUCAACCUCUGUUCUCUAUGAUAGAUUCUUUUGCGAUACCAUCAACAUGGCAUGGAAGAGUAUCGAUAUAUAUCUGACCAUUUUGAGCAGGUCCCGUAAAUUUUGUCUUUCCUGCCUCCCCUACCACCAGGUGAUUAUUUGUUUCUGUUGCCGCGUGCUUUACAGUAAUUGCUGGGGCUAGGCUUUUUACCGCAACCAUGGGCAAUUUGGGAGGUGUAUAGCCAGGCAGCUAACAGCAGGAACUUCAGUGGAAUAUCAGCAGCCUACUAAUUUUAUGAUCUUUCAAGUGUACAGUAAUCGCCGUCGCAACUCUCAGGUAAUUUGGAAUAUGAUAUGUUCAAUAACAUGACCAUGAGCACG